GAUUGGAAUGACCUUUCUGAGUUGAAACGAUUGUAAACAAACUUCUUGAUAACCUUAAGUGUGCUUUAACUAUCAAAAACGCGUCUCAAUUAUACAAAGAAAGAAAAUGGUUCGUGCUUGGUACAUGGAUACGGAUCCUUCGGACCAAAGAACAGAACACCAGAGAAAUCCUCCAAAAUUUUUAACCCUAGACGAAUUGUACAAAGUUUCAGGAGUGGAAUAUUUCAAGCUAAAUAUUAAUUCAUAUGCGACUGAUGGCGUUUUGGACAAAAUCAAAAAAGAACGAGGUUAUACGUACGAGGAUGAAAUGACAUGUUCUAAAGAAUGUUUAGCUAAUUACGACCAAAUGCUGAAAAAAUUCUUUCAAGAACACUUGCACACAGAUGAAGAAAUUCGAUUUGUUUUGGAUGGGUCUGGAUAUUUUGAUGUUAGGGAUAAGAAUGAUGAGUGGAUUAGGAUUGAGGUGGUUGCAGGCGAUAUGAUUAUUAUUCCUAGUGGUAUUUACCAUCGUUUCACUUUGGAUACAAAAGAUUAUAUCAAAGCUAAGAGGUUUUUUGUUGGAGAGCCAGUUUGGCUGCCACAUAAUCGACCUGCAGAUGAUAUGGAAUGCAGGAAGGAAUAUUUAAAGAGAUUACAAAGUGGUGAAUUCAAGUCUGGUUAAAUUUACAAUUUUUUUCUAUAAUUAAGGAAAGCUGCGAUUAUAAAUCAGUUCAAUAAAUAUUUCUAAACUUUAA